AUGACCUCCUGGACCUUUGUGCCAGUUGCCCUGAUGCUGCUCUGCUCCAGCACCCUCUGCUCCCUGGGCUGUGACCUGUCUGAGGGCCUGAAGGAAGACUUCUCACUUCUGCACCAAAUGAGCACAUUUUCCCUGGUGCCAUGUCGGAAGGACAGGACCAAUUUCAAUUUCCCAAAGGAAGCCAUGGAAGGCACUCAACUCCAGAGGGAAAAUGGCACAGUCAUUGUUCAUGAGAUGCUCCAGCAGAUCUUCACCAUCUUCAGCCUGAAUGCCACUCCUGCAGCUUGGAAUCAGAUCCAGCUCAAACAACUGCUCAGUGGACUGGAUCAGCUGGAGAGGUGUCUUGGGCAGGAUGUGGAGUGGGAAGAACCUCCCUUGGAAAGUGAGAACCUCAGGCUGGCCCUGAACAGCUACUUCCAAAGAAUAAGGCAGUACCUACAAAGUAAAGAAUAUAGCCACUGUGCCUGGGAAAUUGUGAGAGUAGAGAUAAGGAGGGUCUCUCUGUUCAUGAGUAAAAUCACAAGAGAAUUCAGGGACUGA